GAUUGGCUGAUCCUCUGCAGGUGGAAACAAACCUGCCUGAAAAUCAUCUGUGCAGGGUGGAGACAGUGCAGAGUGAGCUGAGUACUGUCAGUAACUUCCAGAGAUCAAUAGUCUAAGGUGUGAGGACGGUCUCCAGUAGCACAGCCUUUGUUUCUUUUUUCCUUCCAGCCAAGUAAAGAUGUCCAUCUUCAAGAGAUUCUUCAAAAAUGUCAUCCAUAAAAGAGACCCUGAGGAUGACACUGUUAAAGUGAAGGGUAAGCUGAAGCCCAAGUAUUAUGGAACAGUCACCCCGUAUCCAAACUUCAACGCCAGCAGUGACGCUUCAGUUCUUGAGAGCGCCAUUAAGAGUAAAGGAGUGGAUGAGGAUGUGAUCGUUGCAGUCCUGGUGAAGAGGGACAACGAGCAGAGGCAGAAGAUCAAAGCGGUUUAUGAAGCGUCCACUGGGAAGAAGCUGGACGCAGCUCUGAAGGCUGUUCUCCACUCACAUCUAGAGGAUGUCUCUCUGGCUCUGCUCAUGACUCCUGCGCGCUUUGAUGCCCACCUGCUCAGGAAAGCCACAAAGGGUCUGGGCACAUCUGAGGACGUCCUGGUGGAGGUUCUGGCAACCAGGUCAAACAAAGAGAUUCUAGAGAUCAAGAGGGUCUUUAAAGAAGAGUACAAACAGGAGCUGGAAGAUGUUAUUAAGGAUGAGACCAGCGGCGACUUCACCAAGGCCCUUCUGGCCAUGUUGAAAGCAAACAAAAAUGAGACCACUGAGGUCAACAUGGCUCUGGCCCAGAAGGACGCAGAGACUCUGUUUGAGGCAGGUGAGAACGCCACAGGAGUCAACGUGGACACCUUCAUCGACAUCCUGACCACGCGGAAUGGGCCGCAGCUCUCUAAGACAUUCCAGCAGUACGCCUCCGUCAGCGACAUCACAUUACCUAAAGCCCUGGACAUGAAGCUGAGGGGAGACAUUGAAGACUGUCUUAUUGACAUUGUGAAAUGUGCCUGGAACACACCGGCUUUCUUUGCUGAGAAACUCCAUCUGGCCAUGAAGGGCUAUGGCACAUGUGAGGACACGCUGAUCAGAGUGCUGGUGAGCCGCUCUGAGGUCGACCUGAAGAAGAUUGUGGAGGAAUACAAGGCCAUGUAUGACAUUAGCCUCCAGGAACACAUAUUGAAAGAUACUAAGGGACAUUAUCAGAGCGUCCUGCUUGGACUGUGUGGACCCCACUGAAUUUCUGUCAUUGCCACUGUACAGGAACUCAAGGCUACGCCGUCCACCAAAUGCCACUGAAAUCUCUCAUCUUUCUAAAUCAUUUGGAGUAACCUGACCCAACUGUCUUUUUGAAUUGAUGCUCUAAUAAAGCUCUUAUCCCAGUAACAUUAACAAAACGAUCUCAUACCCUCACCACCUGAAGUAAUAACAGCUUUUUUCACGUCCCCAGAAAUAAUUUUUUCUUUGGGGAGUAAAUUGUGGUAACUCCUUUAAUAUAUUAUAUGCAAAACUAAUUUAAAAGAGUAUUCUUUUUCUUGUCAGCUUUAAAACAUAUAUCUCAACAAACUGUUCAUGCUCUAAUAUGUUUAAAGUUUGUGAAAUCUUA